CUUUUGAAAAAUCAACAUUUUUCAAAAACCUAAAUACGAGUUUUCAGAUUCAUCCCGACGGUGCUCGCGUCAAGUUGUCCGCCCGCAUUAAGCAACAAUAAUCCGAUUGUCAUCAGCGUUGGAUAAGUUCGAUAUCGGAGAUCAAAUAAACCAAACGAAAAACCGCAAAAAUGUCAACAACUAUUUUCAUCUAUGCCGUGUGCCUUGCGUUGGUUGCCAAUUUCUCAUCAGUGAGUGCCAUUCGGUGUCAUCAGUGCAACUCGCACGACAACGAGGACUGCGGUGGCCUGGUGGUGAACACCCCUCGUGCCCAGAGGGACAACCAGUACCUGAAGGACUGCUCUCCGCCCAACGGAACGGCGGCCUUCUGCCGCAAGACGGUGAUCAUGUUCGAUCAGAACAAGGAGCGCCGGAUCGAGAGGAGCUGCGGCCACAUCGAGGAGAAGAUCCAGAACGCCUGCUUCUCCGCCGACAACGAGGGCUACAAGCAGGUAGUGUGCACCUGCCACGAGGAGGGCUGCAAUGGAGCCAGCUCCCUGCUGGGAGUCCGCCAGGUGGGCUACUCCCUGAUCGGAUCCGUGGUCAGUCUGGCACUGGCCGGUGUGCUCAGGCAUUAGCUUACCAAUUGGUUUAAUAUACUUUAAUGCCUGCAAACCGUAUCCCACAUCCAAGAAGUACCUUAUCGUAACUGGUUAAAAUAGGUCUUAAAUGUUCUGCACUAAGUUCUCCGAUGUUCGCCAUAUCUAGCUAUGUACACAUCCCAUCUAUCCUGACAUCUGUUACGCGUUAAGCCUCUUACUUUGUAUUUGUAUUUAAUGUUUAUGAAAAUAUAAGCGUAAUAUUUAAAUUA